AUAUGCCAAUAAUCAAGCACGAGAUCGAUCCACUUGCGGAUACAGUCAUUACUCUCCACAACCCUGGUGCACCGUUUGCUCUGUGGAAAGAGAGCCUCGACGGUCUGGCCGAUGAUGAAGAUCUAUCUGACGUAGAGGAGGAUACAAAAAGUGCCGUUCCAAGUGUUAACGAGAUGAUGACAAAGCAUUCAAUUCUAGAAUAUGAAUAUGAAAUGAAGGAGUCCACGAUAAGGUCAUCAGACGGGGGGUCUGAAGCCACUGCCGCACCCAUUGCGGAUAAUGGAGUCCCGGCAUCCAGUGCCGUGCUGGAUUCUGAAUCCACGGUAGAAGGGGAAAUGGGGAAUGAGGUUCAAUACUUCGUUUCGUCUCGCCAUCUGAUGUUGGUUUCGCCGUGGUUUAGGCGUAGAUUUACAUCGGACACGUUUUCUGAAUCCAAGCCAAGUGCGUUGGAUGGCCGAUAUCAUUACUCCGCCAGCGAUUGGGACGAAGAAGCCCUGCUUAUUCUCCUAAACAUCAUCCACCUUCGGACGCGUAAGGUUCCAGCUUCAAUAAGCCUGGAGAUGUUCGCAAAGAUAGCCGUCAUUGCCGAUUAUUAUGAGCUCGAAGACGAACAAGCACUGGACCGCAAUGUCAAGGACUGGACUGCAAAUAUUUGGGCCAACUCUUACUUCCCAAAAAUUUACUGUCGCGAUCUGGUGUUAUGGAUCUGUAUAUCGCGAAUUUUCUGCCUGAGGGAACAGUUUGAGCAAGCAACAGCUGUGGCGAUCAAAGCUAGCUGGGGUUGGAUACAAGACUUGGGUCUACCGAUUCACGAGGGCAUCACAUCAGAAAUCGAUCGCGCUCGUUGUCAAGCCAUUGAGCAGGUCAUUGCAAAGUUGCACCAGUUGGCCGAGCGCUAUAGCGACAUUGGGUACUCUUGCCCUAAAUUCAAACACCAUUCUCCCCAAUGCGGAGCCUGUCUGUAUGGGACACUGAUGAAGUACAUGAAACGCUGGGGUUAUCUCACACCCCGUCCAGAGGCUCCUUUUGUAGGAAUGCGCUUCUACAACGUCUGCAACAAGAUCAGAAGAAUCCAGAAUCCACAAUGGUGGCAUACAAGUCGCCAGGCGCACCAUCACUAUUCCAGCUCUGAAGCGUUCAUGCUUCAUCCUUGCAAGCUGGGCUCUGAGAUAGAUACGAUUGUCCAGGAUGCUCAAGCUGAAAUCAAAGGCUUGAAGUUGAAGGAUAUACAUGUCAACCACUCCCAAUAGAUAGCAGUUGCAACGUACAACUUAAGAGCUCUGGGGAAUAAACUCCUAGCAAUAUCAAGAGAAAUAAUCUUGAAAGGGAACUUGUUUCUAUUUCUUUACUUGGCGAUGUCGACGUCCG